UCUUAAGUGACAGCAUGUUCUAGAGAUUGAAUUUGUAUCAUCAAAAUAAAAGUUAUAUCUUGCGCAAAACUCGUAACCCCGGUAUACGUGAGGUCAUAAUCGAUUCUAGACUCCCUCCGUGGCUAGUAAAGGUAGCUGGGUAUUUUGCAUCAGUGUUCUCAGGAAAAAGUACACUAUAAAAAAAUCCAUGCUAAAAAAGGUGUAUUUUUAUGUUAAAUUUCAAUGACAAGUGGUUGACAAUCGUUGGAACGUGCAAAUCAACAUUUUGCAUAAGUGAUUACUACAUCAAGUUCAGUGCAAAAAAUAGCAUUAUAUAAGAUUCUUGAAGAUGGUACUGCCGUGGAAAAUCUUGUUGAAUUUAGUUGUGAGGUUGCGCAGAUAGAGAUGGAAUAAUGAUGGUUCUCACGUGGCAUAUAGACGUUGUUGUGAGAAUCUCACGUAAAAUACCGUUCAAAAGAAUCUGUAAAAUGUCAAGCAGAAUGCUGUAAAGAUGCCAUCGCUCCUAGAAGCACUGGAGUUGAAGUAUGGGAGCACAGCAGAAAAUUGCUCCGAGUGCUCAUUAACUGAUGAAGAAACUGAAUUAUCAGGAUCACCAAAAAGCACUCUGUCAGUCAGUAUUUUUAUUCCUAAGAAGUCACCACGACACACAGUUCCUGCUUUACUUGUUCUUCAAGACUGUGACAUUGAAUGUGCUGGUAAUGAUGCAGAAAAAUUAAAGAACAAGUGCAAAAAUGUAGAGGAGUUGGACUUGGCACAAAAUAAAUUAUCACAAUGGGAAGAAGUUUUUGGAAUACUUCAACACAUGCCAAAAAUAAAAUUUGUCAAUCUGAGUUUCAAUAGUCUAGCAGAAGCUUUAGAAAUUAAAGAUGGCAGAUACGAAUCCCUGCGGAAUCUAGUUCUAAAUGGAACCAGAAUCUCUUGGGGGACAGUUCAGGAUUUAGUAAGACUUCUACAAAAUUUAGAAGAACUUCAUCUAUCAUUAAAUGAGUUUAAGACUGUCGACUUAGAUCAUCGAAUUCCAGAAAAUAGAAAUAAAUCUUUGAAGAAACUCCAUUUUACUGGAAAUCCCGUCGAAAGUUGGUCAGAAAUCUGCAAACUUGGCUAUUCUUUUCCUAAUCUUGAAAGCCUCGUUCUUGCUGAAUGUCCUAUCAGGUCUUUUGCUUUAGAUGAAGAAGAAAAUCACAACUAUAGUGGACAAAAUUUGUCACAAAAUAAAAUUACUACAGAAAAGCCUAAGGAAGAUGAAAAUGAAAAUGUUGAAAAAUUUAUGGAGCAAGAAGAAGCUCAGGAAAAUUCAGUUACACCAGAGAGAAUAUUUGGAGAGGAGAAAAAAUAUAAUGGAAGUGAGAGUGAAUGUGAAAAUACUGGAAAUAAAAUUUCAUCUCCACAUGAUCCUUUUAGAAUGUUGAGAUUUCUCAAUGUCAAUGGUACUCUUUUGUCUACCUGGGAUGAAGUUGAAAGACUCGCUCGGUUUCCUGCACUCAAAUCUCUACGAAUGCAGGGUUGCCCACUUUUCGAGAGUCCUCGAGAAUACACAGAACAUGAGAGACGGCAGUUACUCAUUGCAAGACUUCCUAAUGUGGAAACACUCAAUGGUGGUGGGGUAAUUUCCUCUCAAGAACGCGAGGACGCUGAAAGAGCAUUUAUUCGGUACUACAUGGACAAACCGGAAGCGGACAGACCAGAAAGGUACGCGGAGCUUGUUGGUAUCCAUGGAAAAUUAGAUCCUUUAGUUAAUGUUGACCUUACACCAGAAAAGCGAGUUAAAGUCAAGUUUACAUACGGAGACCUUGUGGAGGUACGCUGUGUUGAUGUAUACAGAACAGUUUUUGAACUAAAAACUAAAUUGGAGUCAAUGGUGAAAAUUCCAGCCAACAGAAUGAGACUUUUUUACGUUGAUCAAGUAAUGAAAGCUCAAUAUGGACCAGAAGAGAUGCUGUAUCCAAAUAAACAAUUAUAUCGAUACAACAUAAGAAACGGUGAUGAGAUAAUAAUUGACAGCAAGUUGAAUCGCUUUGUGUCAACAUCAUCAAGUACAUCAUCAAUUCGUUCUUAAAUAAAGUCUAACUGAAGCAAUAAAAGUGAAUAUCGUCCGAAUAGAAACUUACGAGGUCACUAUCGAUGAUUAUGCUGUGAAGAAAAGCGUAAAUACGUAUGAUCUCUAUGAAUCCAUUAAAGAUUGGGAAGUGAAACAAAAGUCAGUUAUGCUUAGAUCAAUUGUAGGAAUUUCCAAACAAUUAUUGACUGUCGUAUUUGUUACUUCGAUCGCUGUCACACUUUUCAAAAUGUAAUCAGAAAAGUAACAGCAAGUCAUCUUAUGUGAAACAAAAGUCUUAUCUAACGACUAUUGUCCACAAAAUCUAUAGAAUCAAAGAGACAAAAUAGUUCUCAAGUUGAUGUUGAUAAAAUAUAGACUAUUUUUAUAUAUGAUAAAAGCUAUUGUAGACAUUAGAUGCAUUCACGUUGAGAAGCUAUGGUUAUUUAUACGUUUGAAGAAACAAUUUGUCUCUGUCAAUCUGUUUUAUUUAACAGCGGAUUUGCAAUAAAUUUAUAUAAAUAAUCUGUUGCAUAUCCACUCUAAUUUCUCUGGCUGUGACAAGUUUAUUUAGUCAAAAGAGUAACCGCCAACAACGAAGUUUGAUGUUUUUGAAUUGAUCAGUGUCGUAAAUCGUAUGAGAGCGUAUAUUUUCCGUUGUUGUGUUUAACAAAUCGCUUUCAAGGUUCUUGUAAUUAAUACAGUAUAAUUACUGUCAGUUGAAAAGCCUGGAAAAGUAUAAAGUCAGUUAAAAAGUCAUAUGUCAACAUAUAUAAGUUAUGUCUAAAUAUUAAAAAAAGUGAAAGCGAUGUUAUUUGAGUAAAUUGUCAAAUUAAAAUAACAAAUUAAUGUUUUUAACAACGUGAAGAAGAGCCACUUUUUGUGCCUGUAUUAAAGUAAUUCAGACGCAUCUAACACUGCCCUGUAAAUAUGUAUAACCGUCGGCAUGUUAAGAAAACCCUAUAGUUAUUUUUCUUGUUUUUGAUGUUUAAAAAUAAUUAGAAAUUUGAAAAUUUAUUUUAUUCUAUUGUUCUCUAUGUAGAAUACAUCAUUAUCUAUUCUAAUGUAACUACUAUGAAAUUAAAACUAAACGUCAGAGCAAGGAUUGCUCUUCGUCUAGUCUUGAAUGAAAAAAGAGAUAAAAUUUUAGCUCUCAUUUUUUUUUCGAUGCGAUAAUUCGGUUUUUUUUUGUGCUGGCGCAAAUGUACGUACUAACAAUUAAUAAAUCAUUUGUAUAUCAACAAACAAUUGGUAUUUUAUAUAAUAAUGCAAAUAUUCAUAUUUAAUCAAGGCAGUAUAUACUUGAGCUGUAAGUUUUACACGCUUUCCAUCUGUUGUCACAACGUAAUGGUCGACAUCACCCUCGACGUCCCAUGAAGUAUACGAGGGGUAAAUUCGGAUCGAUUGUAUACCUCAACUCUACUGGCGCCACAUUCUAGUUCACGGCUCAUAAAACUCCGAACUUGCGCGUCGACUCCAUGACCAUCUACCCCACAUGCCUCACCCUCGCUUUAGUCGCGUACGAGCAGCGUGCGAGAGCGCGAAGGGAGUGACGUAUGAAACGCGACGAGUAAGAACACACUCGCGCGUUAGUUGGAGGAAAGUGCAGAUGAUAAAGUACCCAGGAAGUAGUAGCUUUGCUUCAAAAUGUGACUGGUUGUGAAGGGAGAGGGGCUUGCAUGCUCGUAUUCUCCACAACAGCAUCAGCCGCUCGGACAUCACUCCGUUGCAAAGUGUCGUCAUAGAAAAAUAGAUCGGGACGACUAUUAGCAGCAGCAGGGCGAGUCGUGUAUCGUGUUGUCGAUGCACACACGGAAGCAAUGGAAUAGCCAAUCGAUUUUUAAGUGCGCCAGGAAAGGAAGCUAAACUGGGAAUUAUUAGAGACUGGUGAGAAAGAAUGGCGUCAGGAUUCCCGAGCAGACACCAAAAGAAGCUUGGACCAGCACCGAUUGCAUCGUUCGAGGAUCUAUCCGACGAAGUGGAAAACGUGAGUUAAGCAACAAACAAAAAAUGUACAACAGUGCUCAUUUUCUGGAAGUCAUCUAUUCAUCUCGGUUCUUCUUCUUCUUCAUGUUGAAAGAGAACACAAAAACAAUGUCUAAGAGGCAAAUUAUGUACCAAAACUUUGUGACAAAAGGUUAAAAACAGACAAAUCCGUCCGUACCAUCGCUUCGAUUAUUAUCUUCGAAGGAUAAAAAUUAAAGAGCAGUGUCUCGAUGAACCACGCGCA